AUGUUCGACUUCAUGGCUAAGGAGCUUUUUAGCGAGAUACUGGAUUGUCUGAGGAAGGCUACCUACCUCCCCUGGGUGGACAUGCUCUUCGGGUCUAUUAAAGCAUGGGCUUUCCUCAGCGUGAUCAAAUACUUUCCUUCAUUAACUAUUAUCCUAAAACCACUUAUUCUAUUCUACUGCCGCGACCUCCUCCGCCACCGUGAUAUAAAACUCAACUCCAUCACCGCGAAAACGCCUCAGCGGAGCGACGUUGCCCUAGAUAUUCCCAACUUUAUCUCGUACAUUACCAAUGCCACAAGCAAGAAGGCUAUACUUUCACCAGAGGAGCUAUUUACGAACACGAGCUUUCUUAUAAUAGCCGGGAGCAAGAUAACAGCUACCCUGUUAUCCGGGUAUACAUAUCAUCUUCUCACAAAUCCUGCGGUGUAUACCGAGCUUGCCACCCAAGUUAGAGGGCGGUUUCACUCGCUGUCUGAAAUAACAUUUGCCGCUACCGCAAAGAUGCCCUAUCUACGUGCUGCUUUGCAGGAAUCCCUGCGCAUGUACCCCCCUCUACCGCUUGGAAUGCCCCGUGUUAUACCAGCGGGUGGUGCCCUGAUCUGUGGGAGCUACGUGCCAGAGAAGACAGCCGUCUCUGCCUCCUCGUGGAGCGCCUAUCAAUCUCCUCGUAACUUUACGAACCCAACUACAUUCCUACCUCAGCGGUGGUUGGAAGACAACCCUGAAGGAGGUGAUGAUAAAAAGACCGUCUUGCAGCCUUUCUCGGUUGGACCGCAUGGAUCUCCUGGACGGAGCUUGGCCUUUGCUGAAGCGAGCUUGAUCCUCUGCCGGCUAGUAUGGGAAUUCGAUUUGGUACUGGCCGGGGAAGUCGCGACUGGGGGGUGAGCCAGAGGGCGUUUAUAGUGUGGGACAAGGGGCCACUACCUGU